AAUAUUUUAUAUUUCUAUGGAUACAGCUGUCACUUCUGACAACAAUUUAUAACCUGUCGAAAAAAAAAAAUAUUUCCCAGUCGCACUAAUCGUAGGUACAAGCAAAUAAUAGUGGGCUAGUGGAGAAUGAUCCAAUUUUAAUUUUAAAUAGAGCCAAGAUGAAAGAAGUUGACGACCGCUCAUCAAUAGAACUGAAAAAACUAGAAAAUAAUCCCGAAAUAGAAAUUUUACCUGUAAAUUUUAUCCCUUUGAAAGAAACUAAUGAAGAAUUAGAUAAUUCGGACAUUUCCUAUCCUGGAGUAGAAAUAGCUGAAAUUUAUAACCGAACAGCAGAACCCUCAGAUACAACCAACCUGGAGUUGAAAAAUGAAAAUAUUGAUAUUGAAAAUGAAGGGUUGUGUUACGAUAUCAAAACAGAAAAUGAGUGUAUUCAAGCACUGGAAAAUAGAGUCGAUAGCAUUAAUACACCAGUGAAUGCUAAUAUGAAAAAAUAUAAUGAAAAUUAUAUGGUGGAUAAACCUUUGGAAGGCGCAGUUGAUUCUGGAGACAAUGAAUUUCAUUGCCAAUUCUGUAAUCAGUCUUUUGGUAAAAAAUAUCUUUUGAAGAAACAUCUGGAAGCAGUGCAUUUCAAAAUGAAACCAUUCAAGUGUGAUAAGUGUGACUUCAGAGCCCUACAUAAUUGUAGUCUACAACACCACAUAAGUGCAGUACACCUAAAAAUAAAACAUAAAUGUGACUUGUGCGACUACACAACUACAUGGAAAUCUCAAUUACAGACUCAUUUACAUUUUGUCCACUCCAAAACGAAAACAUAUCCAUGUUAUCUGUGUGAUCACAUCUUUCCUCGGAAGUACGCCCUCCAGCAUCAUGUCAAGACUGUCCACUCUAAAAUAAGGGAUCAUAACUGUCAUUUGUGUGAGUAUAGUGCUGCAGAUAGAUGCACACUAGAUAAUCACAUUCGUGCAGUCCAUCUAAAAAUAAAACAUAAAUGUGACUUUUGCGACUACAGUAGUGGAUGGCCUUCCCAACUGCGAAACCACAUUAAUACAACUCAUUCAAACCAAGCCAGCAAAUGUACUUUCUGUGACCGAAAGUUCACCAGGGCCUAUGCAAUGAAACAACAUAUAAGGGCAGUGCAUUCUAAGAUAAAGAAUCAUUCCUGCCAUCUUUGUGAGUAUACCUCAGCACAAAGCUCCAACUUGAAGGCUCACAUUGAAGCAGUACACUUUAAGCAUAAGCCGUUUGAAUGUGAGUUUUGUGGCCAUAAUUUCAAUCAGAGAAGUUCGCUCAGGAAACAUAUAGAGUGUGUUCAUUUAAGAGCUAAAAAGUUCAAGUGUGAAUUCUGUGAUUACAAAACAUCAGCUAGCGGUUACCUAAAAGCUCAUAUUGAUGCAGUUCAUAAAAAUGUGAGAAAAUAUAAGUGUGAUUUAUGCGGAAAGGGCUUCUCUCAAACUGCUCAUAGGAAGUUGCACAUGGCCAGAUUUCAUGCUGAUAUCCUUGAUGAAGAUGAUGUUGAAGAAGAUAAUGAUGAGUAUGAAGAUGAUGAAGAAGAGGAAAACUUACAAUAUGAAGAUGACAAACAAGAGGAAAACUUACAGGAUGAUGUUGAAAUCAAAAUAGAAGAACCAGAAUUAGUAACUGAAGAAUCAUUGAAUGAAUAGAUCGAUUAUUCUGUCAAUAAUGCUUGAUGAAUUCAGAUUUUUAAAAUGGGACAAUUUUGCACUGUAGACAAGGUUAGUGGAAAAUUGAAUUGAAAUUGCAUUUGGCAUGUGGAUUUUUUAGAUAAAACAUCAGAUAAUGUAGUAAUUGAAUAGGCAAUUGCCUAUUCACUAAUUGAAAACUUACAUAAAAUUGCAUAUAUAAAUCAUUUGUUUUUGAUGGAAAUCUAAUUAUCACUCCUCCUUUCAAGUCUGUAUUGACUAUUGAACAUUUUUGUUCUGAAGGAUAAUGGGAAGGAAAGGAUAAAAACUGACAUAACGAAUAAAUAUUUAUAUGGGUUUGAAAAAACAAGAACAAAUAUGUCUCCACUUGGCGCCAAACACAAGUUUCUGUGUGCAUUCACAUUUCAAGGAAAAGGCAUGCAGGUUUUAUGAAUUCAAGGGUGUUUUUACUUUUUGGAAUACAAUAUGCAGUGCAAUGCAACAUCUUUCAAUUAUU